AUGGAGUUACACCCAAAAGUGAAGAACAUUUUGCUUCUUGAUUCCGAAGGAAAGCGCAUAGCGGCUAAGUACUACACUGACGACUGGCCAACAAAUACGGCUAAAGAAGCAUUCGAAAAAACUGUCUUCUCAAAGACUAAGAAAACAAACGCUCGCACCGAAGUGGAAGUGACGGCACUAGAGAACAAUAUUAUUGUGUACAAAUUUGUGCAAGAUCUUCAUUUCUAUGUUACGGGAGGUGAAGAAGAAAACGAGCUUAUCUUAGCCAGUGUGCUUCAGGGUCUCUUCGAUGCAGUGAAUCUCCUCCUCAGAGGCAAUGUUGAUAAGAGAGAGGCAUUGGACAAUCUUGAUCUCAUCUUUCUAUGCUUUGAUGAAAUUAUAGAUGGCGGUAUUGUCCUGGAGACCGAUGCAAAUGUGAUAGCAGAAAAGGCAGGAAUCAAUAGCUUUGACCCUAACGCUCCUCUAUCCGAGCAGACGAUAAGUCAGGCACUCGCGACUGCAAGAGAGCAUUUGACAAGGUCACUUAUGAAAUGAUGUGCGUGUAUUGCUUUCUGGUUAAUGUUGUUUGGUUGUUAUCCAAGUAUAAACUGAAAACUUGGAGACUAUGACUCUUUG